AUGAGCAGACGCCGCCGCGAUAGGGACACAAAGUUGCCGGCGUCGAUACACUUACAGAGGCUGCCUGUUGAGCGCGGCGGCCACGUCCUUGUUGCCCGAGUCGCGCGGGCUGGUGCCAAUGGACAGGCUCACCUAGUCUUGGACGCGCCCGUCUGGCCGGAGCUGCCCAGCGUGUACGGGUACGCGGACCCCAAGUACAACGCUUUGCCGAUGGCGACCGACGGGAAGCUGGGAUUGCAGCCGUCUUUCGUGAUGCAGCUGACCCGCUGUAGCUCGGACAGCUCGCAGAGCUUGCCGGUCGUGAUGCCGUUCGUCGCCUCGAACACGCCCACCACCGACGAGAACUCCCAGCACGACCUUGAUGCACAUCUGCACUUCCGAGUCUCCAUUUCUCGAAUGGUCUGUCGUUCCCCGGCAUUUGGCCAGAACGAGCAAGCACGAGGGUAUUCGCGUGUUAUGGCCAAAUGCAGUCGGUCGUGUCCAUCACACACGUCAACCCUCGCGGACGAGCGCCAGCGUCUGCUAACGAUCAAGGUCUCAGCAGUUGCGCUGGCUAACCUCGACGCCACCAUGGACUGGAAAAACCAAGUCACGAUGCUGCAAGUGUACGCUGUGCACCACGAAGGCAGAUGCGAGUCGUGCUGGGUGUUCGCAACCGUAGGAGUAAACGAAUCGGGUCACUGCAUCAAGACACUGGCUAGCUGCUUCUUUUCUCGGAGCAACAUGUCGCGAGCUGCUCCACGAACGGCAGUAGACAGGCUGCGGUGGGGGCUGGCCCUGUGCGCCAUCGAUGUUGCGGCGUGCGGCCUGUGCUUGUCGUCGUGGGACGAAAGCGGAUAG